AUGAUUAAAACCAGGGUGGUUCGAUGCACAGGCGGCACAGAACCUGUUCUGAUUCGUUUGGAUGUGGAUUCUAAGCUCAGUGAUCAGAUCAAGCUGUCAUUCUUCCACCUGCGUGUGGAUGACAAGCCGGCUCUGCUGCUCCACCUCCUGAGGAACGUAGUAAAGCCUCAGGAACAGACAGUGGUCUUUGCUGCCACCAAACACCAUGUGGAGUACCUAAAGGAGCUGCUGUCGUCAGAAGGUUUAGAGUGUGCCUACAUCUACAGUGCCCUUGAUCAGACUGCCAGGAAGAUCAACAUUGGGAAAUUUGUGCACCGGAAAGCCAUGGUGCUUCUGGUGACUGAUGUUGCUGCUCGUGGUAUAGACAUCGCCCUGCUGGAUAAUGUCAUCAAUUACAACUUCCCUCCAAGGCCAAACUCUUCUUGCACAGAGUUGGGCGUGUGGGACGAGCGGGCCGAAGUGGCACAGCCUAUAGUCUGAUUUGUCCUGAUGAAAUGCCUUAUGUCUAUGACCUCUACCUCUUCCUAGGGCGACCAGUUCAGUUUGCUUCACCUGAACACACACAAGAUUCAGAAGGUGUGUUUGGUCGAGUCCCUCAGAGGAUCUUGGAUGAUGAAAGUGCUCAUGUGAUCACGUCUCAUGAAAACUCGCUGGACCUGCAAAAUCUGCUCCGUGUCUCAGAGAACGCCUACAAGCAGUACCUCAAGUCGCGGCC